AUAAGAAGCCAGCCAUCUGAAGAUCACAGUCAAAGCAACUUGUACUCAGAAAUAUUUGAGCACCUACUCCAUGCCAGGCACUGUUCUAAGUUGGCCGGGAGCUGUGGAUGCUGUUCCGAAGCCUGACUGGCUGCCUGCGCCGCCUCGGAGGUGAAGUGUACCGCGCCGAUUGGCUCCCAGGCGCCGGCCGCGUGUGAUGCCCCGGGCCGCGAUUGGCCCUCGCCUGCCGGGGGCUUCUCUCGCCGGGACUCUGGACUCCCGGGAAGUGGACUAGUGGGGGAGAGGGUACGCUAGCUGUCUCUGCGGACCAAGUAGGAGACCCCUGGCGUGAGGCGGCCUCACUGGGCCGGGUGGGCUGGCGAGCUGACGCGGCGGCGGAGGCUGUGAGGAGUGUGUGGGACCGGGCCUGGGACAGAAGAGCCAUGGCCCCGCAGAACCUGAGCACCUUUUGCCUGUUGCUGCUGUACCUCAUCGGGGCCGUGAUCGCCGGGCGAGAUUUCUAUAAGAUCUUGGGGGUGCCUCGAAGUGCCUCUAUAAAGGAUAUUAAAAAGGCCUAUAGAAAACUAGCCCUGCAGCUUCAUCCUGACCGGAACCCUGAUGAUCCACAAGCCCAGGAGAAAUUCCAGGAUCUAGGUGCUGCAUAUGAGGUUCUAUCAGAUAAUGAGAAACGGAAACAAUAUGAUACUUAUGGUGAAGAAGGAUUAAAAGAUGGUCAUCAAAGCUCCCAUGGAGACAUUUUUUCACACUUCUUUGGAGAUUUUGGUUUCAUGUUUGGAGGGACCCCUCGUCAGCAAGACAGAAAUAUUCCGAGAGGAAGUGAUAUUAUUGUAGAUCUAGAAGUCACUUUGGAAGAAGUGUAUGCAGGAAAUUUUGUGGAAGUAGUUAGAAACAAACCUGUGGCAAGGCAGGCUCCAGGCAAACGGAAAUGCAAUUGUCGGCAAGAAAUGCGGACCACCCAGCUGGGCCCUGGGCGCUUCCAAAUGACCCAGGAGGUGGUCUGCGAUGAAUGCCCUAAUGUCAAACUAGUGAAUGAAGAACGAACAUUAGAGGUAGAAAUCGAACCUGGGGUGAGAGAUGGCAUGGAGUACCCAUUUAUUGGAGAAGGUGAGCCUCACGUGGAUGGGGAGCCUGGAGAUUUACGGUUCAGAAUCAAAGUUGUUAAGCACCCAAUAUUUGAAAGGAGAGGAGAUGAUUUGUACACAAAUGUGACAAUCUCGCUAGUUGAGUCUCUUGUUGGCUUUGAGAUGGACAUUACUCACUUGGAUGGUCACAAGGUAAACAGACCAAUUUUCCUGUUUUCUGUCCUUUUGAAGCCUUCAAAUGGGUAGUUUUGAGUUUAUUUCAGCUGCCUCAAUCAUUUAGAACCACAGGGACUCCUUUCUCGCUCUUGUUCUGCCUUUUCUCCUCACUCUGCUGCUGAAUGUCCAGCAGUAACACAGACUUUUAGCUACUCAGAGUUGAUGGCAGCCUUUGACAGUCCUGUUCUAUAGUUUCUACUGACAAAAACCUUACUUUUUUUUACUUGUUUCUGUUGUUGAUUUUUCUUUUUUUAAAAACCUUUUCUUCUGUGACUUGCAUUGUCCUAAUACAUUUCCUUUGCCCUUUCAUCCUUUCCUUUUGCUGAGCUGUGACAUUAGUUUUAUGCGCCAGUGCUCACUAGAAGCUGCGUGGUAUACUUCAUGUGCCAGACCUAUUCCAGUCCAUUCCCUUUUCCUUUCCAGGUACAUAUCUCCCGGGAUAAGAUCACUAGGCCGGGAGCAAAGCUAUGGAAGAAGGGGGAAGGGCUCCCUAGCUUUGACAACAACAAUAUCAAGGGCUCUUUGAUAAUCACUUUUGAUGUGGAUUUUCCAAAAGAACAGUUAACAGAGGAAGCAAGAGAAGGUAUCAAACAGCUACUGAAACAAGGAUCAGUGCAGAAGGUAUACAAUGGACUGCAAGGAUAUUAAGAGUGAAUAAAAUUGGACUUUGUUUAAAAUGAGUGAAUCAGCGAUAUUUAUUAUCUGCAGGGUUUUUUGUCUGUGUUUUUGUUUUUAUUUUCAAUAUGCAAGUUUGGUUUAAUUUUUUUUUCUAAUGAUCGUCAUGAAAUGAAUAAAGAGGGCUUAAGAAUUUGCCCAUUGCAUUCAGAAAAGAAUGACCAGCAAAAGGUUUACUAAUACCUCUCCCUUUGGGGAUUUAAUGUCUGGUGCUGCCACCUGAGUUUCAAGAAUUAAAGCUGCAAGAGGACUCCAGGAGCAAAAGAAACACAACAUAGAGGGUUGGAGUUAAUUGUUAACUAUCUCAUUCAAAAUGCCAACUGGAGAAGUCUGUUUUUAAAUACAUUUUGUUGUUAUUUUUUUCGUGA